AUGAGUUUACUGAAGAACACUAAAGCCUCCCUGGUGAGCUACCGUGAGAAUGUAUUUGUCUUGGCACAAGCAACAGCUAAGGACAUGUGCGAGGAAAUGAAUGUGGAGGCUGCGUUAAAGAAAAAGAGACUUCAAAUGGUGAAAAGAUACUUUGUAUAUGAAGCUCCAGAUGAGCCAAUUUCUGAUGCUUUGAGAAGAUUAGAAGUGUCUUUUUCCGAUACAGUGGUAGACUCUGAUAUCACAUCACUCAAUGAAAGGUUUCAGAGCCUGGGAGAAGUUAGAGACAAAUUUGGAGUUCUCUUUCACUUCAAAGAGCUGUCCAUUGAUUCACUCACAACACAAUGUCAGGAGCUGAGUGACACCCGGAGCUAUGGUGGAGAGUCGGAUAUUGAUGGAAAAGAACUGGCCUUUGAGAUGAGAAAUCUACCAGACUUACCCUCUGAUAAUAUGACAGCAUUGGAACUUCUUAAAUACAGGUAUAUACAUGAAAAGCAGAUUAAGGAGCUUUAUCCAAACAUGUGGACAGCCCUGAGGAUAGCAGUCACUUUGCCUGUAACUGUAGCUUCAGCAGAGAGGAGCUUCUCAAAGCUUAAGCUUCUCAUAACAUACCAAAGGUCUACAAUGGCUCAGGGUAGGCUUACUGGGCUUGCUGCCAGGAAGCAAAAAUUCUAG